UGUCUACCCUUUCUCACUAUAUAACAAGCAGGUUGACAGCUUUGGGUGCCAGCCAAACACGACGGAAAACAAAAUUUACACCUACUUUAACGUUUGGUGACACUUGUUAACAUGUAAUUUGCUAGGGUUGUACUAGGCAGCAAACGGUGCCUUCCUCUUUCUGCAGUGACAUAACAAGCCACUGGAAGAUUUAGAGGCAACAGAAGAAUAUGAUAGGGACACAGAUCAUAGCUUUUGUCUUCUGUUUUUGUGGAACCGGAGCGAUUAUUGCAGCCAUAGCCUCGAAUGAAUGGAAAGUGACCAGCCGAGCUGCAUCAGUGAUAACAGCGACGUGGGUCUUCCAGGGUCUCUGGAUGGACUGUGCAGGGAAUGCACUGGGUGCUUUCCACUGUCGACCUCAUCUCACUAUCUUCAAAACAGAGGGUUACAUCCAAGCAUGCAGAGGACUGAUGAUUGCCGCCGUCUCCCUCGGCUUUUUUGGCUCCGUAUUUGCACUGGUUGGGAUGAAAUGCACAAAAGUCGGAGGCUCAGACCAAACUAAAGCCAGAAUUGCUUGUUUAGCGGGAAUGGUUUUCAUCCUUUGUGGGCUCAGCGCUAUGACUGGGUGCUCCUUGUAUGCAAACCGAAUCACCGCUGAAUUCUUUGACCCUACAUAUGUUGCUCAAAAGUAUGAAUUAGGAGCGGCUUUGUUCAUUGGAUGGGCGGGAUCAUCACUUUGCAUAAUUGGCGGCAGUAUAUUCUGCUUCUUAUUUAUUAAAGAAAAUAAAUCUCCAAGGACGGGAUAUGCAUACAACACAGCAGCUUCAAUGGUAUCUGCUCGAACAAAGGUCUACAGUGGCUCACCAGAUUUUAACUCACCCAGUGUCUCUCCAAAGCACUUUGACAAAAAUGUCUAUGUGUAGCCUCGAUGGUUCCAAGAGUCCUAUUUUUAUAAAUCACAUUUGUUCAUUAACAGAGUAAUUUUUUAGAAAGGUACUGGUGUCAUCAGAGUCAAGAAUGUUUUAUAAAUGAACUUUUGCCUACUUGUUGUAAAUUUUCCUUAUGCAUUGUGUUAAGAUUUAUACCGAUGUCAUGCAUAAAUUAUAUCUGUAAAUCAUUUGCUAUUUUUGCUGUAAAAAAACAUUUACAAAUAAAGUCAUACUGGCUAUGGA